CAAUACUUAACAUGCCAGCGUAGCGAUCAAUUUUGCAGUUAUGUAACACGCGUUUCACAAUAAAUUGAAUUAUAAUACAUAACACGAGCGAUCUCCUACUUCUUGAUACUACCAUUUCACGGAAGCUUUCGUCGUAGCGAUAUUUCUACGUACUGCGAGAGCUCUUACAGCAACCGGUUCACUAUGGUGCGAAGCGGAUUUGGAUGGCUAUUCGUAGCUGGCGUUUUGGUAUCGACUGGGCUGGCACUUAACUGUUAUCAGUGUAAAUAUGGUUUCGCGCGGUCCAAUGAUACACUAGCCAGCUGCAGUCCUAGCACCGCGGAAAACGUCACCUGUCCACCUGGUACCGAGUACUGCUUGAAAACGGACGGUCCAUAUAACUACAGUUACUCCAAUUUGCCGUGGAGCGGAGGCGCCGGAAAUUCUUCAGGUGGCACGUUUUUGGAUUGUGGAACAAACCAGUUGAUCCAGUUCCUGUUCGGCCCCAUACCUCCAGUUAGCGACACCUACUGUGAUAACAGUAUCAAAAUGUGGAAGCGAUUUCCUUUUAAAACCCAGAACCAAUGGUUUGGCAUGAACGGGACCGUGUGCCUUUGCAAAGGUGUAACGUGCAACUCUGGGAAUACAUUCUCCUCUACCGCCGUGAUGCUGAUGAUCCCGGCACUAUUGAGUGUGAUGUUUGCCAUGAAAUAACACUUAAAUAUUGAUAGACUGUUUAUCUGGUUUAUCUGUGUUAGUGUUCAAUGCUCGUCACACCAUACGCGCUAAAUAUGUAUAAUAUUGAAUUAUUAUCCCAAACAAGAGACAUACAAAAAAUACGUACAUCGAUACAUGAAUGCUUUUU